UAUUUAGUUUUCGACUGAUAUUGACUGGAGAUUGUGCGAACAUAUUUUGACGGAAAUUACGAAGAAAAACAAAUACUUUUAUUUCGUGAUAAAAUGAGAUUUUAUUAUUUAUUAGCUGCUCUUGUUGUGAUUUCUCAAAGAUGUCUCGCCGAUGAAGAGAAUGUCAGUCUAACUCCUCGUAUUAUAAAUGGGAAACCUGCCACAUAUGCCGAAACUAAAUUUCAAGUUUCGAUUAGAUUAAAAAGUUAUGACUAUCCAUUUGGUAGUGGACACAUAUGUGGAGGAUCGCUUAUAGGACCAAAUAAAGUACUGACUGCGGCGCACUGUCUCUAUAAUUCCGAGAAAAAGAAAUACCGCAAGGCUAAUGAAUUUGUAGUGGUCAUGGGCACACUAAACCGUUUUCAAAAAGUGAAUGGUACCAUUGUCUCGGCUGUGAGUUCGAUCUCAUAUAUGAAUACAUUUAACAUAGAUACAAUGCGAGAUGAUAUCGGUGUUAUGUUUCUAGUCACUGGUUUACCUGCAAAUAAAACUCACCUGACAGUUGAACCAAUUGCAUUGAGCAACAUAAGUGUAGCAGCAAACUGGAACUGUCAAGUUUCUGGAUGGGGUAAAACUGAAAAUGAUGUGCUACCCAGAUCUCUACUCUUGACCAAUGUCAGCACUUUUAGUAGAGAAACUUGUGUGUCAAGUUACGGUAACAACAUAAUCUCUGGUAUGUUCUGUGCUGGUAUAAUGGCUGGUGGUACAGAUUCUUGUCAAGGUGAUUCGGGCGGACCAUUGGUUUACAAAAAUACUUUGAUAGGUGUGGUCUCAUGGGGAAAUGGUUGUGCGUUAAGAAACUUUCCUGGUGUUUAUGCAGAUGUCAAUUACUACAGAAAAUGGAUAAACGAAAGAAAUUCUAGUGCUGCGAUACGAAGUAGCUUACUCCUUCUCCUUUUAUCUUUAGUAGCGAAUCUAAAAUACUUUAGAUUUAUUUAGUCAAUUUAAAACUUUAAUUAA